UUUUGUCGCUUGCCCACACUGAGCUCUAGCAUGCGGUAGUGAAGUGAAUUAAUUACACAUUUUUUUCGGGUUUUCCACACAAAAUUCGAGGUAGUGCAGUGUGUUUUAUGUAAUUUGAAGCAUUUAGUUAUUGCUAAAACGCACGCACCCAUUCACACACACAAAAUGACAAACAGCCUAGAGUUGGAGUGUCCAGCGCUGAAGGUAGCACGUCAUAAAAUCGAACGCGUUGGCUGCGCAUAUUUCAACGCACGCCGCCAAAUUGGCGAUUCGAGCGGAGUUGAGCGCAGUGAUUCCGAUGAGAAAUUGGCGGGCGCUGGCGAGGAUGUCGACAUAAGCUACCUCAAGUCAUUGGAUCCCAAAGAGUGGAAGGAUCAAGACCACUACAGCGUACUCGGCCUUGGAAAAUUAAGAUACGAAGCCAGCGACGAUGACAUUCGUCGGGCAUACAGACGCAUGGUGCUGCAGCAUCAUCCGGAUAAGCGAAAAGCCAAGGGCGAGGAGGUUAUUACCGAUGACGACUACUUUACAUGCAUAACAAAGGCCUACGAAAUACUCGGCACUUCGAAGUUGCGUCGCAGCUACGACUCCGUGGAUCCCGAGUUCGACGACGCAUUUCCCACACAGACGGAUAUCGAGAGCAACUACUUCAACUCAUUUAAUAAGUAUUUUAAUUUGAAUGCGCGCUGGAGCGAAAAGCCGCAGGUGCCGCCAUUUGGCGAGGUGGAUGCGAAACGUGAGGAGGUGGAACGCUUUUAUAACUUCUGGUACGAUUUCAAGUCAUGGCGUGAAUUCAGCUACCUUGACGAGGAGGACAAGGAGAAGGGUCAGGAUCGCGACGAGCGUCGUUGGAUCGAAAAGGAGAACAAAGUGGCGCGUAUUAAGCGUAAGAAGGAGGAAAUGACGCGUAUACGUGCACUAGUCGAUUUGGCCUACAAUAAUGAUAAGCGCAUCCAAAGAUUCAAGCAGGAGGAGAAGGAUCGCAAGGCGGCGGCCAAGCGUGCUAAAAUGGAUGCCGCCCAGGCCCAAAAGGCCGAGCAGGAGCGAGCGGUGCGAGAAGCGGCGCUAGCCAAAGAGAAGGCCGAAAAGGCCGAACAGAAGCGUAUCGAGCAGAUUCGCAUUGAGCGCGAACAGCAGAAGAAGGUGCUCAAAAAGGAACGCAAAACGUUGCGUGACAAAGUAAAGGAUUGCAAAUAUUAUGCCAAAAACGACAAGGAUCAAUUGAAGCACAUGGAGGGCACCGAAAAGAUAUGUGAAACAUUUAGUUUGACCGAGUUGCAGGCACUUAACAAGGCCAUGGAAACCAAGGGCAGAGAGUCCUUUAUUGCCGCACUGCAAACUGCAGAUCAAAAGAUUGCCGCUGAGCUGGAGGAGCUCAAUAUGGCACAAAAGAAACAGGCCAAUAACACGCCCAAAACGGGCGUCAAAGAAGUGAAAAAGGGCGAAGUGUGGAGCAAUGAGAAUGUGCAGUUGUUGAUUAAAGCGGUCAAUCUAUUUCCCGCUGGCACUGCUCAACGCUGGGAUGUCAUUGCCACGUUUAUCAAUCAGCAUAGUAAUGGAGCAGCUGGUGUGGUCACUGCUCGCGAUGUCCUGAACAAGGCAAAGGCCUUGCAGAACAGCGAUCACUCCAAGAGCACGCUCAAAACGCAUGCCAAUGAGGCGGCCUUCCAGAGCUUUGAGAAAUCCAAGAAGGAAGUCCAGACAACGAACGAUAUUACGCUGGGAGAUACUCCAGCGGAAAGUAAAGAGAAUGUCAAGCAGAAUGGUGGAGUACAUGUCAACAAUCAACAGCAGCAGCAACAACAACAGCAGCAGCAGCAGGCGGAGCCCAAGCAGAAUGGUGUCGCAUCCGCACCGACCACUAAUGGAGUCGCCUCCAAGACAUGGACUAAGGAGGAGCAGGCUCUGCUGGAGCAGGCUAUGAAGACGUAUCCAACCACGACGCCUGAUCGCUGGGACUGCAUUGCAGCCUGCAUUCCGAAUCGCAGUAAAAAGGAUUGCUUGCGUCGCGUCAAGGAGCUCGUCGAGCUGGUCAACUCCAAGAAGGAGGCACAGGCGGCUGUUAAAUGAGAGGCACUACACACACUGUUGUUGCACUUGCUCCACCUACACCUCCACAUCCUUUUCCUGCGCGUUCUCCUCUUCUGCCCCAGCUGCUGUGUCCAAUAUACAUUUUAUUUAAAUAAAAGAUACAAAGUUUUGAACGUUUAGCGAAAAGUUA